UUUUAAUACGACUAGUUAUCGGGGGGAUAGUCUGGUAAGCGGACUGUGACGUUCGGCAUAAAUGCAUGCACAUAGUACCACUAGACAAGGGCCGGCUAGGUGUACGUACAUGUACAAUAUGGCGACGACUGUGGCUCAGAAAAAUGCUGAAAUAAAAACGGACCAGGUUGAAGACGACGUCGUUGGCAACGCAGAGACAGGUGCAGAUAAAAAGAAGAAAAGGAGGAAAAAGAAAAAGACAGGAGGAUCUGCUGCAGAGGCAGAAGGGGAUGGGCCAGUCACAAAUGGAGAGGUGGAGAAACUGACAGAUGACGUCAAGAAACAAACCUUGGAGGAUCGUAAUGUGGGAGCUGUGAUUGGUGAAGAGAAGGAGGAGGGAGGAGAAGGAGAGGGCGACACAGAGAACAGCAAAAAGAAGAAGAGGCGAAGAAAGAAGAAAGGCGGAGUUUUAUGCGUUGAAGGAGAAGGCCAAACGAUACCGUGUGCUGGCAAGAAACAGACGGACCCUCCAACAAUCCCAGUCUCUGAGCUGUUCCCAGACGGGGCAUUUCCCGAGGGCCAGAUAAUGGAACACCCUGUAGGGAAUGGACAGACCGCCGCUUGGCGUGUGACAAGUGAGGAAAAGAAGGCACUGAACAAGGCACACAACGACGUAUACAAUGAGCUCCGCCAGGCCGCAGAAGCUCACCGGCAAGUCAGGAAAUAUGUGCAGAGCUUCAUCAAGCCAGGCCUGACCAUGAUUGACAUAUGUGAAAGACUUGAGACUGCCUCCAGGAAGCUGAUUGACGAGAAUGGUCUGGCAGCAGGUUUAGCCUUCCCUACAGGCUGCUCUAUCAACCACUGUGCAGCUCACUACACUCCUAAUGCUGGUGAUCCCACUGUUCUGCAGUAUGACGACGUCUGCAAGAUUGACUUUGGCACCCAUAUAAAUGGGAGAAUAAUUGACUGUGCAUUCACAGUGGCGUUUAAUCCCAGAUAUGACCCACUUCUAGAAGCUGUUAAAGAUGCUACCAACACAGGCAUAAAGGAGGCGGGAAUUGAUGUCCGAUUAUGCGACAUUGGUGAGAGAAUACAGGAGGUCAUGGAAUCCUACGAGGUGGAGCUGAAUGGGAAGACCUACCAGGUCCGGCCAAUCCGCAACCUGAACGGUCACUCCAUCGGUCAGUACAGAAUACACGCAGGCAAAACGGUGCCCAUCGUCAAGGGCGGAGAAGCAACCAAGAUGGAGGAGAAUGAGUUCUAUGCAAUUGAGACAUUUGGCAGCACAGGCAAAGGAGUUGUGCAUGAUGACAUGGAAUGCUCUCAUUACAUGAAGAACUUCAAUGCUGGACAUGUACCCCUGAGAAUGGCCCGAGCCAAGCUCUUGUUGCACAAGAUCAACACCCACUUUGGCACGCUAGCCUUCUGCAGACGUUGGCUGGAUCGCAUCGGGGAGACAAAGUACCUCAUGGCCCUCAAAAACCUCUGCGACACAGGGAUUGUAGAUGCUUACCCACCCCUGUGUGACGUCAAGGGUUGCUACACUGCGCAGUUUGAGCACACAAUCCUGCUGCGGCCAACCUGUAAGGAGGUGGUAAGCCGGGGUACCGACUACUAGUCAUAGAAGACUGGUGCGUUGCGCUGACAGGUACCCAACCUCCAAGCAAAAUUGUUGUCGCUGUUGGGAACUGAGAAGGUAGUGUUCAUGGAUCCUAAUUGUUUGUGCACUGUAAUCAGUGUGCAUUCAGUGGAGUUUGGGCAGCUGUUUGUGAAUGCAUGUGACACUUGAAAGCACAAUAAUGAAAAUAAAGACAAAAGAAACAAUAAGUUGGCCAAUUGGUGCAUCUUGCGAGUGUUAAACCGUGUUCACGUUGGACUUUUUUCUGCACGUGAAAACUUACUGCAGCAUUCCUUCAUGUCAGUCUACUGUGCAUUCAUACUUUGACUUUUAUAAGCUCUACAGAUACGUGUAGUUUACUCACCAUGGGAGACUGGUAGAAUGUUACACUUUAACAUAUGACAUGGAUAUGACGGUGAGAUGACCAAAGCCUGGUUUCCGUGAAGACGCAGACACAAAUGGAAGAGAUGGUGCAUGACAUCAUUUGGCCCAAAAACUGAAACAAAAUGGCAUCCGAAACUCCGUGAUUUUUUGCGGAAAAUGUGCUUUUUAGAUUGACUGUACUGCCUUAUGAUGCCAAACUUCUAUUCCAGUUUCAUGUAUUUCAUUGACAGUCAACUAUUUAGUUGAUCACUGGGGCGUAAUUUUUAAGCAUUAAGGAGAAAAUGGACAAAAUUCGUGGACCUAAGCAAGAGGGACAUUGUUGCACGCCGGCUAUGCCAGUAUGCAUGUUUGUAUGGGGACGGCUAUUUGACACAGACAGUCGGCAAAGUCGAACCUGGCUCAACUUUGCCGAUCGUUUGCGGGCUGGUUUGGGUUUGUCUGUGUUGUUGGCCACAUCUCCGUUUGACAUGUUUCCAUAUGUCUGCGUAGCAGUUUGCGUCUUGAUUGUGUUGCUCUUUACGUUUCUUACGUCAUUGUGGAAACCAGGCUUUAUAACAAUGAGCAUUUGCAAUUCUCGGGCCACCAGAGGGCCUGAAGAAAAAAAGAAACUCAUAACAAACUCCCCACCAAAACAUGAAAAAGAAAAUAGAAAAAUGCCACUGUCCAACUUGAAAAUAAUGUAAGAUUCCUUUGUCAUUAAAAUCAUUUGUUUUCCAACCCAUGAAUGUCUCUUUGGAAGUCGAUUUAAUGCCCUCUAAAUCCCCAAAGUUGAGAAACCUUAAUUUCUCAUUAAUCACAUAUUACCCGGGCCCCUACCUAUGCCCACUGCUGUUCACACAAAAAUUUGCUGGUUUCUUUCACUUUUUGUAUGUAGAAAUAAGCAUCUUUGAAGUCAGUCACCAAGUAAAAUGUUAAUUACUUACAUGCGCAUUCUCUCUUGACAUUGACCACUACGGUGCAGGUUACAUCGCUCUGACAGUGAUUGGUGACGAGUCCCCGUUGUUGCGUUUUAUUAAUUCUCUUCUUUUUUUUUCAGUUGCCAUACAAGUUUUAUUAUAAUAAUUUUUUAUUCACUAUACAUUUCACUGUCAUGAAGAACAUAUUGAAUGGUUUUGAAGCAAAUUCAUUACCUAUCAACUGUAUUACGAUCAUGGUACGGUCGACAAACGACACAUGUGAGAUGGAACAUACUUUACGCAUAAGAUGAGGUUCCGGAUAAUACGAGAUAAUUAAGUAAGUCCCGAGACACUCAUAGUAACAAGAGUUGAACAUAAAUUGGCAUGUUGCCAUGCUAUACCCAAGGAGACAAGGAACUGUACAACCAUUUUCGUGUACCUCCAGGAAGCUGUACAGUAGAUCUACAGCAUGGAACUGUUCCCAUCAGACUUUUCAAUAGAUUCCCUGAUAACUUACCAUGGCUGCAUAGAAAUCUUCCAUGACAAUUUUGGCCAAGUAGUUUUACAUCAUGGCUGUGAUAAAGUUGACAGGGAGGUCACUUUAUCAUGUGUCCGCCCAUUGCAUUCAGUUUAUAAUUCUACAGGAAAGGUGCAUUAAGUUAACCAAAAAAGUUCUUUGUGAACACGUGUUUAGAGUUCAUAGAUUUUCUUCAUUCUGUUGAAAGUACCUGUAUUUAAACAAGAGAGCUUGAAAAGAAAAAAAACCACAUUUUUAUAAGUGUGAACAUUUGGUCUGAUCAGGGCACUCAGAAUAUCUGUUUGGACUUGAGAAGGUAUUUUUGACAUGCAUAGAUAAGUGCAUACUUAGAUAAGUUAUUAGUUCUUAGUAUUGAGGUGAACUAAACCCUGAAUGGUUUUUAGGACAUUUGUUAGUAAUUUCAGCCCUUUUGUAAUUUUUUUUUUUUUUUAGAUGUCUAGGAAAAUCGGACUCUGUUCCCUUUUCACAAGGGUAUUUCAUUUUUGUUCACUCGAACCUAGAGACUUUCAUAUUGAAAGUUCCCCUGAGUAGUUAAUGCUACUUCCGUGUUGCCAAAGGCCCUGACAGUUAACGCAUAUGCCCUCACUUUUGGGUACAGUUUCACGGUCACUAGAAAGCACAAAAUAUCCUGCAUAAGUUGGCCAAUGUCGGAGUCAGCAUUCAUGUAAAGUAUUGCUACAGUAGUCUUUAAGAAUGUGAAAGCAUUAGGACAUCUAGAUCACAUGAUUCUCUUAAACCCUGUACUCUUGAAGAAUUUUGCGAGGAAGAAGCUUAUCUGUUUCCAAACUCUUCCACUAUGUAGGAAACUUAAAACUCAAAAGGGGUACAUGUACAUGUAAAGUAAAAGUGAGUACACCAUACCUUCCUCGACCCUACGGAAUUCUCCCAAACUCUGACGUGGAUUUUGUUUGGUUUGAAUGUGUGAAAAAGAGUAUCCAUCACAGGGUCAUGCCCUCCUCAAAAGAAUAGCCAAAAAGAAAAAAACAAAAAAUAUUGAGAAAGAGGAAGCAAAGGUCUGUUUCAUUUCCCAUCCUUCCAAAAGCGUGAGAAAUCCCUCAAAUGUAACCUCACCCCCCACAGCAAGAAUUUUCCAGAAUUUGUUUUUUGCCACCCCAAAAGAAUUAAAAAAAAAAAUUGGCCCCCCUUCAGUAGUUCUAGAUUUGCCCUUGAAAGUGUAAUGGUGAACUCCAAAAACCUCCUCUGCUUUUUCCUUUUGGGUUACACAUAAACUGUUCUGCUUCUUGUACAUGUAAUUGAUUUGAGUUUGGUUAAUAUCAGCCUCGGACAGGUUGCAUACUGAGGACUGAAUUGUCCUCUCACACAGUUCUGUUUGGUUUGCUGGUAUUCUAUAAACAUGUUUGGUCAAAUUACUACAUGAAAGUUUCCAAGUGGUUUCGUUGUAUGUGGAGCAUCGUUGAACUAUGGUGUGAUAGAACGUAAUUAUUUGUUUUUGUCAGUGUUAUAAUAACUUUAACUCAAAUAACAUAAAUUCAGGCAACGUGCGCCUCGGUACCCAAGAUGUUAUUAAAUUUCAAACCUUUUAGUGCCAUUCUAAGGAUAUUGUUCAUCUUUGUAGGUUUCUGUGUUUUUUCUGCAGCAGUAUACCUUAAUGUAGAAUCCCACUUGUACAAAACACAGAAGGGUUAGUAUGGGUGCUGUUUCAAGAAAUACGAAUAAUGACACCAGGUUAAAGUUGACUGUUUCUGAUUUGGGCACAGUGGCGUGAAUUUAUGCUAGAAAUUGGGGACGGGAUGAUGGGAGGACUUGCCCAGUAAUGGAAAUUUGAAAAGUGUGUAUGGGGGGGGGGUAUGACACCAUAAUGGGGCGAUGUUCGUAAUACAAAUGUACAUCUGUAAUAAGUAUUACAGCCAUGCAGAAUCUUGCAUCAGAAUGACUUAUUUAUGGCCCUUUUAUUAUGUAUUUUAGUAGUUGGAAAGUCUGAAAAAUGCCUUCCUCUUUAAUUUUUUUUCUCUCCACAAAAAGUUGGGGAUGAUUCAGUAGCCCAUCCCCCAUUUCAGAAAGUGAGGGGAUUAUAUAUACUCCGCAUGACCCCGUUUAGCCCGUGAUUCCGGUAAUCCAGAUUCAACGAGGACAGCACAUCAAGGAUUCAAUCGACACAGCAAAACACCUUUCGGGAUUUAGGCCCAUAUUUGCUCAUAAGAAACCUUUCGUAAUGAAAGUUAUAGAAUGAAAAUAUAAAUGUACCCAAUCAGCAGUUAUGUAUUGCAUCUGGUUGUAUGACGUCAGUUUGAGAUUUUGAAUGUGUUCCUGCCAAUAGAUCUCAAUGACCAAACAAAUUUGUAUCACAGACACAAUGCCUCAGUGUAACGGGAACUGUUUAUCCUUACUCUUCAUAGGAUAUCCAUUACUCUGGGUUUUUUGAGCUGCUCCCAGUAAUUAAACAAGCAUGAUUGAACGAA